AUGGAAACGUGCGGUGGUAGCGUUACCGAACUGAGGACGAAGCUGCUGAACUGCGUUGACGACUGUUGUGGACGCCGUUCCAACUGUGUGAAUUACUCUCCCUGUAAGACACUGGGGCAUAUUCCCAGUUCGCUGUUGAUCCAAGAUCCAGUCACAGAGAAUCUCCUCUCCUCUUUUUGUUUGAUCGACAGCAGUUUCAAGAAUGUUGGGCACGACGUCCAAGCAAAAGACACCUACCACGUGGAGCCCUUCAAUAACACCAUGUUGAUCUACGCAGACAAGCGAAUUCAUUACACGGACAGCUCCUACAACCUCAGACAGGGUCUCGCACUCCUGGAUUGGAAUGAGUAUGUCGGUCGGCAGUAUACGUCGACCUACUUCAUCAAAGACACCUGUCACCCUGAUUGACAGGGGAAAGAAGUACACGAAAAACAAAAGUUUAGUUUCACCCAGAAGAUUCGUCGCCUGGUCCUUGAAACUGCAGACUUGAAGGAGUCCAGCCAAGCAACGGACGAGUCCAUCCCUGAAAAUAGCUCCUGA